ACAACCUCAGACAAGAGCUCCAGGCUGGUGGGAAAGCGACGGCUUAGUGGCCCAGGAUCUCCAGCUGCCCUCAGUGGGAAGAGAGCAAGACACAGUGAGAGAGACAGAGAGAUUCCUCCCUGCACUGGCACAAUGCGCACUCUCAUCAUCCUUAUGCUCCUGGCUGUCUUGGUGAUGGCUGCUACUUGCUCUGAGUCCCAUGAGAGCAUGGAAUCCCAUGAGUAUCUCAAUCCCUUCAUCAACAGGCAAAGGGCCAAUGACUUCAUACAACCUGACACGAGACUAGAAGAUAUCUUUCAAGACAGGAUCAGGAAGCGUAUUAAGACGCACCAGGAACGUCAGAGGGAGAUCUGUGAGGACUACCGCCCCUGUGAAAACUAUGCCUUUCAGCAUGGCUAUGCUGCUGCUUACAGGCACUAUUUUGGGAAGAGGAGAACUAAGUAAAGGAUGACCUGUCCCCACCCUGGGGCCUGGAGCCCGGGGUAUCCUCCCAAAAAAUGCAAUGGCUCUGAAACAUAUUCAGUUGCUUGUGUCCAUGUAUGUUAUCCUGCCUGCUGCUUCUCUCCCAUGUAGCUAUGGAUUCCUACACUGUUAAUUAGCGCUGAGCUGAUGUAGCAGAGAUCAGAGAGAGUUCAGGAUGUGGGUGUUAACUGCACAAUAAAUUGCUGAUUUGAUACUAUC